AUGAGGCAUUCAUUUUCUCUCCUCUUGACCACGUUGGUGACUUCUUCGGUUGCUACGCCCUUGGUGUUAGAUUAUUCCGAAGAUGCCAUUGACAAGCUCAAGGGUGUUCAGUCUGCAGCUAUAAAAGCGAGCAUAGAGAAAGUGAAAGCCGCUGGAACCACAGAGAACGAUUUCCUCCAAGGCGGAUGUCGAGAUGUCAUAUUCAUCUACGCCCGUGGCAGCACCCAAGACGGAAAUAUUGGAGAGGAUCCAGGCCCACAAACUAUAGAUCAACUAAGAGCUACGUUGGGUGAGGACGCUGUGGCCGCCCAGGGGGUUGACUAUCCCGCAUUGUUAAUCGACAACUUAAGAAAGGGGGGCUGUGAUCCUGAGGACGCCGACAACAUGCGAGCAUUAAUAACGAAAGCGGCAACUCAAUGUCCGUCGUCAAAGCUGGUGGUCGCGGGUUAUAGCCAAGGGGCUGCACUUGUUCACCGAUCGAUCGAAUCAGCGACAGCUGCUGUUAAGAAUCGGAUCUAUGCGGCGGUGACUUACGGUGACACUCAGAAAGCGCAGGAUGGGGGGAAAAUCCCAAAUUUCGACGCGAGUAAGACCUUGAUCCUCUGUCACGAUGGUGACAAGGUUUGUGAUGGUACAUUAAUUGUCACCGAUGCCCACCACGAGUACCAUGAUCUCGCUCCGGACGCGGUGGCCUUUAUUGCAGGCAAGGUCUAG